AUGGUCGAGUCAACGCUCAAGUCUCAGGCCUUGGCGCCAACAUCAAGUCGUGACGACAGACUCAGCACUACAACGUAUUCGAUCCCAGACGAGACAACGCAAGCUACCACAACUGACAUCUCUCGGCAUGCGUCCUUACGCUCCGACCACAACACGGUCACUCCUGGCGAGCUCGAGGCCGCACAAGAAAAGCAAAAGAAAGACAACCUAGCCCAAGCCGAAGAACAAGAAAAGCACGACCCCAAUCUGGUCACAUGGGACUCGAAGGACUCGCAAGAAAACCCACGCAACUGGUCCAACCGUCAUCGAUGGGCCGUCACCGUCCUAGUCUCGAGCUACACCUUUCUCAGCCCUUUGGCUUCCUCCAUGAUCGCGCCUGCUUUGCCACUGCUCAGCCGCGAAUUCAAUGUGCAUAGCAGCGUACAAGAGAGCUUGAUGCUUUCCACGUUCGUGCUCGCCUAUGCCUUUGGUCCUUUGGUCCUUGCACCUUUGACCGAGAUGUUUGGUCGCAGAGUCGUACUGCAGACGACCAAUCUCAUGUUCAUCGCCUUUAACCUGGGGUGUGGUGCCAGUCGGUCUUCUGCACAACUCACCGUGCUACGAUUCUUUGCUGGCCUUGGCGGUUCGGCUCCGCAGGCCGUGGGCGGUGGUACCAUCGCCGACCUGUUUGAGCCUGCGGACCGAGGCAGCGCCAUGGGCCUGUACAGCUUGGCGCCACUGCUCGGCCCCGCGAUCGGGCCCAUCAUAGGAGGCUGGAUCGUCCAAGAGCUUGACCAGUGGCGUUGGAUCUUUUGGGUCUCUUCCAUCUAUGGCGGGCUCACCGCCUUGGUCGGCUUCUUCCUGCUGCCUGAAACGUACGCGCCUCAGAUCUUGAAGAAAAAGGCACAACGUCUGCGCAAGGAGACGGGGAACCAGGAGCUGCACACCAUUUACGAACAGCAAGACCCUUCGGCGUGGCACAUUCAGCUGCGCCACAACUUGGUACGGCCGUUUGUGCUGCUGACGACGCAGCCCAUCAUCCAAGUCUUCGCGAUUUACUUCGCGAUUGUAUACGGCUGCAUGUAUAUCAUCCUCACCGUUUUCCCUCAGGUUUUUGGAGAGAUUUACAACGAGAAGCCAGGCAUCGCCUCUCUCAACUACAUCUCGCUGGCAAUUGGGUUCACGUUGGGUGGUCAGAUCGGAGGAAGAGUGGUCGACUAUUCGUAUCGCACGCUGCGAGCAAGAUCGCCCGACGGCAAAGGUCAGCCGGAGUUCAAGUUGCCGCUGCUCAUGAUCACGUCGGUGCUCUUCCCUGCUGGACUCUUGAUAUAUGGCUGGACGGCAGAGUACAAGACGCAUUGGAUCGGUCCCAACAUUGGUGCUGGAAUGUUUGCAGCUGGCGCUAUGGGCACUUUCUUGGUGUGCCAAAGCUACUUGGUCGACGUGCUGCCGCUGUACGCUGCAUCAGUGCUGGCAGGGGCCGUGUUCGUGCGUAGUUUGGGAGGCUUUGGGUUUCCUCUCUUUGCGCCGACCAUGUACGACCAUCUUGGCCAAGGAUGGGGCAACACCGUGCUGGCACUGGUGUCGGUGGUAAUUGGCUUUCCCGCGCCGUACAUUCUGUAUCGCUGGGGCCCUUGGUUACGCGCGAGGAGCAGAUACGCAGCAGGCGACGCUAAUGCUGCUCGUAUGACCUAG